CGUGCACUUACUAGUAUAGCAUCCAGCGUCGCAAGCAUAAGACGCUAUCGCUCUUAGUCGCUAUAAAAAUGUGUUCUGUUUUGGUUCGGUUGCUGUUAUUAAAUUGGGGAAUUCUUCUCGUUAGAAGUGAACUCAACGACACUUGUACCACAAGCAGUAGUAGAAGUGGCCGCUGUGUGUUGGUUAAAGAUUGCCAGUAUGCCUUGAAUAUUGUGCGAUCCGAACAUCGAACGAGCCAAGAAUGGAGCUUCAUAGAUCACAAUAAAUGUGGGGAAAUUCCCGGGAAACCUCCGUUACCUUUGAUAUGUUGUCCAGUGAUUCAAAACGUGGAAGGAUGUGGAGUGGCGAAAAUUCAGCAGCGUAUAUUUGGAGGCUACGAGACUGAUAUUGGAGUUUAUCCGUGGGCCGGAGUCAUUCAGUACAGAAAUACCAGAGGAAAAUUUGAGGUGCAAUGUGGAUGUGCGCUUAUUCAUCAUCGAUGGGUGUUGACGGCAGCUCACUGUAUCGUUGGAGUUCCAAGAAAGCUGACAGUACACAGCGUGCGGUUCAAUGAAUGGAAUACGAAGAAAAAAGCCAAUUGCACCACAAUGAACGAUGUUCGAAUAUGCCGAGCUGUAUACAAGAUAGAGGAACAAUUCCCGCAUCCCUCGUACUCGAUUACCAAUCCAAAUAUGAGGCAUGAUAUUGGCUUGCUGAAAACAAAACGUGAUGUGCAAAUUACAGAUUAUGUUAUUCCGAUGUGUUUGCCAUUCGUUGAAAGUAUUCAAGAGCUUCAAAUAGAAAACGAAAGCUUUGUUGUUACUGGUUGGGGACAGACUGACCAAAACACACCCGGAAUACAAAGACACGUCAAUCUGUUGGGCAGAAACAAAAAUAUCUGUGAUGUUGUGUUCAAACCCCAAAGAAUAAGUCUGUCGCAUGAUCAGCUUUGUAUUGGAGGAGAAUUCGGUCAGGAUUCUUGUCGCGGUGAUUCUGGCGGACCAUUAAUGUACGAGCAGGGAUUGGUUACCUAUGUGCUGGGAGUUGUCAGCUUUGGAGCGUCCGACUGUGGCACCAAGGACCAUCCUGGUGUCUAUACAAGCGUAGUUCACUAUUUGGAGUGGAUUGAAGACGUGAUGAUUGAAAAUUGAUUCAAUAAUGUGCUUGUGACUACAUAUAUGCUUAUUUUCAUUUUAAUUACUAGAUUCAAAUCAAAAACCAAAUAUUUCUUAGCGAUUGCCAACUAUGAGGAUUUGUUCGAAUAUCAAGCUUUAAAUAAAUUUAAAUUUUAUCUAAUCAUAGUAUAUGACACAAACCAA